GUUGUCCAACGCCAAGCGGCCGCGUGAAAUUUGUAAAUUUUAACAAUUGUUAGCAAAUAUUUAAUAUUACACACAAAAAGCAAAACAAUAUUACUCCAUAUUCAACGAAAAACAUAUAUGUUUGACAAAUCGUACUAAAUACGGUAAAAUAAAUGAAAGUGAACGAGUUCCAUUGGCAUUUAAAGGCAACCCAGGCAGAGUCAGCAGUAUCAGCUAAAAUUUAAGCAAGUCUUGGAACUAUAUUAUGUGGAGAACACAAAUAAUGGGUGAAAAUAAAAAUAAGCAAACGGAUCUUUGUACUUCAGACAGGGCUGUCACAAUCGAAGCCUGUGCGUCGGUAACUUCUAUUGCGACAACACCAGCAAUUGCCCACAUGAUAAUGGCGCCCAAACCCAGGGCUGCAGACUAUAGCCCAGCAGCCUCUAGUCCCAAGCACACGCCUGCCAAGACGCCUAAACAGGAUCCCAGUCUUAACCAUUUACAACGUGAUCUCAACAGUCCCAGCGCCGCGCUGCGCAUGCGCGCAAUGCGUGCCCUUAAAAGUCCCACCAGAGCCAUCUACAACAACUUUGAUGUGCCACAUGCUGAAAUAAGCAUAAUUACAGCCGAGGAACGCAACCCGCCAGCGCCGCUAACGCUCUCGGAGAUUUUAAAGGACGUCAUUGUCUACGUUGAAGUGCGCACUGGCAAUGAUAAUCGUUCCGAGGGCGUAAAGACCAUCAUUGCCAAGCUGGGCGCCCAAGUGAACGAUCGUCUGUUGCGCAAUACCACACAUGUGGUCUUCAAGGACGGCCUAUUGUCCACCUACAAGCGCGCUCAGAGCUGGAACAUACCAAUUGUGUCCAUAUUGUGGAUUGAGGCCUGCAAGGUGCAACGACGUCUGUGCGAUCCACAACAGUUUCCCAUUAGCAAUAUUCACAUGUAUGAAUACCCGGAGCUCUACGGUAAACUGUCGCGCGUGCGUUGCAUGCAACCGGAUUCCGAGCUCAAUAAGCGGUCGCGCAGGCGCCAAGGUACACCCACCAACACCAAGGACAAGGAGGAUACUCAAAAGCGAUCGGCACUAACAUCAACAACCACGCCAAAGAAUGACAUCACACGUUUCUUUAAGCCACUUAGCCAGACCAAGCACCUGGCCGAAGGCGAGCCCACAGAAUCGCCGGCUACCAACUUACUGAAUAGAAUAACUAACGGCUCUUUCACGCCUCUCAAAACGCAAAUCCAGGCAGUCGACAUCGCCCCCCAAAUGGAAAAAACAAAUGAAGUUGAUUUGGAUCGCAUUGGAGAUGUCAGCAUUGAAAAGCCAACGGCCCAGAAGAGCCUAGACUUCGGCGAUGAAAAACGUGUCAAUAUGCGCAGGAGCAAUUCCCUAACAGUGCAGCCAACUCAGGUAUCGACACCGUUGCGCGCAAGUCGACGCCGGAGUUCAGCGUGCGGGGCCCUAACGGCAGAGCUUGACGCUUGUAAAGUGCAUUCGGAGCCGCGUAUGACACGGCGGCGCAGCAGCUUAUUAAGCAUGUCCCAAAAAACAAGCAUUGAAAUGGAAAAGGGGCUAGAGCCAGCAGCAGUUGUGGCAGAGACCGAGCCACGCAUGCCACGUCGCCGUAGCUCCUUGCAGCUAGCUGCACCGCCGAUUGCCGAAGCAAUGCCUGAGCUGCCGGUGCAAUCGGAACAGUCCAUUGCACGUCGCCGCAGCGUCUCCACUAUGGAGCCCAGCACACCGAAGCUGUUGAAGAAACCCACAUUUCAAGCCAUCGCCGAGGAGCCAUUGGUGGAGUCCGCAACUACCAGCUCGAUGGACAUGAGCACACCUGUCGCUCAGACCAAGACGCCGACGAUUUUUAACAAAACCAAUUAUGUGCAACAAACGAUGGAGAUCUGCAUGUCACGUGCUGUUAUCAUUAGCAGAGCAACUGAACGCCGCACGGUGCACACGACCGACCACAUGGAGAUAAGCGAAGUAAACGAUGAGAACAGAAAUCCCUACCUGGUGCAAUCCAUGGAGAAUGUGACCACACAAACAUCUCUGGACAGCUUCAGUGAGCACACGCCAGUGCCGGUGUUCAGCUCAACCCGGCUGCCAGGCAGCGGCGGUGGCAGCUCCGUCAAUCGUCGACGCUCGCUGUUCAAUGUGGACAUGGAGCUUAUUCAUGAGCGCAUCAAUACGAUAAAUACAACGUCGCAAAGACGCUCGCUGGCCUUGGCCAAUGAGGCCGAGUUGGGCGAGAGCCGUGCCCUGGCGCCACUGCAGGCAGUGGUAUUGGAUGCAAUAAACAAGGAACCAAAAUUGACUGAAUCAAAAAUGAGGCGUCUUUAUACGCCAAACGAAGAAAUAGCCGUUCUGCCAUCAUCAUCAUAUUCGAGCGGUAAAUCACGCCAAAGCAUCGGCGGCACUAGCAACGCCUCAACCGACACAGUUAAGCGACGACGCACUUUGUCGGCGCUGAAGCCAACGGCAGCGGUUGAUCCAACUGUGCAAAAAAGUGAGCCCGGCAAUGAGGAGUUUAUGACACCGUGUGGAUCAGAGACAACAAUAGAUAGCGCAUCUGAGUCGCAUGGCGAUUGCGUCCGAUCACCAAAAAAGCGUCGCACAGUCUUUACGAUGGUGCACACUAAUAUGCACAGGGAUCAGGUGCAGGUCAUCCAUAAGGCUAUACGCAAACUGCGUGGAAUGCGCCUGGAUCCGACGGUCACCAAGCGCACCACCCAUCUGGUUAGCCUGGAGCCGCGUCGCACGCUAAAUCUAUUGCGUGGUUUGAUGCGCGGCGUCUGGAUUGUCAGCUACAAGUGGGUGCUCGAAUCGAUGCGUGUCGGCAAGUGGGUGAACGAGGAGAAAUAUGAACUGACCUCAUUUUCGCGAGCCGUUGAAAUUUGCCGCACCGAACGUCAGGCCUUCGGCUUAUCCUAUCGUUGCGAACUAUUUCGCUACAUGGAGACCUUCUACGUAUCAUCCCUGUGCCGACCCAUAACAUUCAAUAAUAUUAAGGAGCUUUUGCUGCUGGGUGGCGCCAAGUUAACUGAGAAUCGAUAUAAAGCCAAGUUUAUUGUGGGCGAUAAGCGACGCGCAGAGGACGAUCGCAUCUAUUUGUCGCCCCUCUGGGUGCUAGAUAGCAUAACGGCAAUGCAAAUCCAAAAGUUUGGUAAAUACUUGAUGAAGUGCGCCAUUGUAACACCCUAUGGAAUACGUUACGAGGAUCCUUGUCAAGAACAGGAGGAGAAACCACGACGGCAUCUCAAGGUAUGCUAUAAAGAUCCUGCUCUAGUAAUUAAUAAAUAGGUGCCAGCAGCCUAGCAGCAAUUUAAAAUGGCUUUGCUCAACCAUUUAAUGGAUUAUUCCAAAGGCUUUUGACGAGGUGAACAUUGUUGCCAAAUUUUCCAUUCAUGUCAUCGUCGAGAUAUACUCAAUUAAAAAAACGAGUCGAGUGUCCCAAUUUGCAAUUAUAUGAUUUAUUUCAAA